CUCACCUCCCGCAGUUCAUCCAGAUCGAUUAAUACCAUAUAAUAGAUAUAUCAUCUUGCCCGCCAUGCCUCAGUCUAUCCCUAAAGCCAACAAUCUUCUUGACCUCUUCAGCCUGAAGGGCAAGGUCGUCGUCGUUACCGGGGCUUCCGGGCCUCGGGGCAUGGGAAUUGAAGCCGCACGAGGCUGCGCCGAGAUGGGCGCUGAUCUUGCCAUUACCUAUUCGUCGCGUAAAGAGGGCGCCGAGAAGAACGCGGCUGAGCUGACCAAGGCAUACGGCGUCAAGGUCAAGGUGUAUCAGGUCAACCAGAGCGACUACAAGGACGUCGAGAAGUUUGUGAACCAGGUGGUUUCUGAUUUCGGCAAGAUUGAUGCCUUCAUUGCCAAUGCCGGUGCCACAGCCAACAGCGGCGUUGUCGACGGCAGCUCUAGCGACUGGGACCAUGUCAUCCAGGUCGAUCUGAGCGGCACAGCGUACUGCGCAAAGGCCGUUGGCGCACACUUCAAGAAGCAAGGCCAUGGCUCCCUUGUCAUCACCGCCUCAAUGUCUGGCCACGUCGCAAACUACCCUCAAGAACAAACUUCAUACAACGUCGCAAAGGCGGGCUGCAUCCAUUUGGCACGCUCGCUGGCCAACGAAUGGCGCGACUUUGCUCGUGUCAACAGCAUCUCUCCUGGAUAUAUCGACACAGGCCUGUCCGACUUUAUCGAUGAGAAAACACAAGAGCUGUGGAGAAGCAUGAUCCCCAUGGGACGCAACGGCGAUGCCAAGGAGCUCAAGGGCGCAUAUGUCUAUCUCGUCAGCGAUGCUAGCUCGUAUACGACGGGAGCAGAUAUUGUGAUUGAUGGCGGUUAUACCACUCGAUAAAGGAGCUAUUUGUUUCAAUAGUAUAAAACGAUUUUUAAUGAGCUUAGCUGUACCAUAAUUUCAUGACUCAAUAAAAGGACAACGUCCAACUUUGUUAACAUAACCCAUUUUCACAGGACGCUCACCAAUUUUAAUAUAUACAGCG